AGAAAACACCGCACUUCUACUAGUAUACGAGUAAUUUUAGACCACAAAAAAAGCAAAAACCACUGGAGCAAAAUAAUCCGACAAUCUCUCUCUCUCCUCUCACCUCAUUUGUCGUCAUUGCACGGCCACAUACUGUAAAAAUUCCCCCACAUCUCUCUCUCUCUCACACACAGUGACACACACACACUGUCUCUCUCUCCGCAUCGAGUCAUCUGGAACCUGGCACACGGCGAACCAAGAAAAAGUCUAAAAAAAAAAACCUCUCGAAAAUCUAAACCAAAAUCUUUAAAAAAAAAACCACCACCAAACAAACAACCCAACAUUAAAAAAAAAAAAAACCACCUCCAAACUCUCUCUCCCCUUCUCCUUCUCUCUCUAGAUGGAUUCAGAUUUCUGGACCUCCCGCCUGGCCGCCGCCAAGCGCCAAUUCACGUUGCAGAGCCACCACAACACCUCCCAACUGGAUCGGCUGAACAUCGACGAUUUCGAGGUUGAGGAUGAGGUCCGACCCGAUUUCCCGUGUCCGUACUGUUACGAGGACUUCGACAUCGCGUCCCUCUGCUCCCACCUAGAGGAUGAGCACUCGUUCGAGUCCAAAUCCGCCGUUUGCCCCGUUUGCUCUGUAAGAGUUCCAAGGGACAUGCUAAGUCAUAUCACUCUGCAACAUGGGAAUUUAUUCAAGUUGCAGAGACGUCGCAGAUUACGUAGAGUUGCGAUUCCCAACAGUCAGGCACUCUCCCUCCUUGGAAGGGAUCUUCGUGAGGCCCAUCUGCAGGUGCUUCUGGGAGGCAGUGGAUACCGGUCAAGCAAUGCAAAUUCAACUAAUGCCGCCACUGAUCCAUUCCUUUCUUCUCUUAUUUUGAAUUUCCCUGCAUCUGAAUCGGAAGAUAUUUCAAAAUCCGUGCUAUCGUGUGCUGAGGACGGUUCUACUAAGCGUGUGAACUCCUCACCUAUAUGGAAAGCAAGUUUGGAUCCGUCACUGAGCAAAGAAGAGCGGGAGAAAAGGAGGAGACAGGCUUCUGGAAGAGCUGUAUUUCUCCAGGAUCUUCUAGUCUCAACUCUACUAGGUGACUAGCGGAGCAGUUUUAAGUUCCAAAAACAAAAUAAUGUUGAAAUUAACUUAUUCAGUAAUCCCGAUAAGAGGCAGUUUCUGUUGUUAAUGUAAGAUUUCACAAUUUUCAGCUACCAAAUACCUGCCUCAUUUUUAGUGUUGUAAUUGUAGCAGCAGCAUUAGCCAAAUUGCUUACUCAUAAAUUUCCUGUUGUUAUGUAUUACUCCACUAAAGCUGUAAAAUUUAACAUCCUUUCUUGAAUCAUUAGAGAAUAUUUGUUA